AUGAGUGCAGAACAAACAUGUACCAAUGGAACACAUGUAGACAUCGACAUUAGUAAAACAGCGGUUGGUGGAAAAUACAAAGAUGCAUGUGAUAAUACUAUAAAUGUAGAAAAUGAAGAGAAUAAACCCGAAAAAGGUUACAAGAAAUACACUCAUUCCUUCUCAAGCAAUUGUUCUAUUAAGAAUAUAAACCAUAAUGGAACGAAGCAGAAUGGGUUUCCCUUAACAGAAACUGUUGAAUAUAACAAAGGUGUCGCUGUAUACUAUCUGAGUUAUGAUGCCACCAAUGCGCUUCCCCUGAUAGUGGGACUUGAAAAGUCUACUGGGACUGAUAAUUAUUAUUACUAUAAAAAGGAUAGCUAUAGUUUAAUUUCCAAUCAAUGGACAGGAGAAGAUCCAGAGAUCACUGAAGAACACCAACUUCCUGAAAAACUCAAAGAAAUUAUCAAGAAUCUAACUACUGUUAUCAUUCUUAGGGUUGACCAUGUUAAAAAUAAUACGUACUUUGCUAGUGGUGACACCAGCCCACCUCCAACUAUAAAUGAGACACUUAAAAUUGAAGUCACUGGGCCUUCUCCAAUCCAUAAAAUCUAUGAAAAAUACACUCACACUCCUGUUACUGCAGGAUCAAAUAUAAGACUCCUUUCAACAAAAACCAGUAGCAAGAACAUACCUUUUGAUCCUCCUGUUUAUGAAAAGAAGUAUAGUGAGGCUUAUGUAUAUUUUUGGGAGUGGGAUAAAACUUUUAGUAAUCCGCUCCUAAUUCAACUUGGGGAUGGAAAUACCUCAGUCUACUACACUUAUUACAGUGGUAGUAACUCUUGGAGAAACCCCGGAAAUAUAACUGAUAGUAAUCUCAAGGACAAGUUGAAUGAGCAGAACUGUGAAAAGAAUGAUGCUCAUGUUAUAGAUAUUUCAAAGACGAGUGAUGGUCCCUAUGAAUGUCCAAGUUGUAAUUAUAAGCAAAUUUCAGUAACAGAAAUGACUAGUACCUACGGAUAUUACCUACAUGUUGUUUCUAAUGGGUAUAUCAGCAGAUUAAAAAAUGGAGGAGCCGAACAGGCUGGAAUUAAGCUUCCAAAGGAUGCUAACCAGGUAUUUGUAUUUUGCUCUCCAAAAACUUCUGGAAACCCACUUUUGAUAGGCCUCUCAGCUACCAGUGACCAGUCCAACGUUUGGUACCAAAGGAUUAAAGAUCCUGAUACCUGGAGUGGAGUUCCCAAAGACAGGCAACCUACAGGUCAAGAUGAUGAAGAUGGUGAGAUCUCUGGACUUCUCCAGGAAAUUGAUAAAGAGAUUAAACAAGGAUUAGGAUCUCAAAGUAAUGGUGAUGGAGGUGGAUCAGAUUCUGCUGGUGAGAGCGGUGCUCAAGAUGAAGAACUAGAAGCUAGAAAUAGUCAUUCUGGAAGUGGUGAAGAAUCCGGUGCUGGACAUGGCUCUGAUGGUUCACAGAACACUUUUCAGCAGAUACUUGGUUUCAUUACAUCUCACUACGGUAAAAUUAGUGGAGGCUUAGGAGCUACUGGAGGUCUCAUCGGUCUUGGAAUCUGGAAAGGACCUUCUAUACUUGCACGACUAAUCACUCGUCUGUAA